GCCUCUGUACAAAAGGGAUCAAGGGAAUGUGACUUGGCAAGUGGUGGAGCAGAGGGGUCUAUUGAAGAAGACAAACGAGGACCAAGCUGAAACAGCAAGAGAACACUAAUAAAGAAUCCUCAAAAGUAGACGUUGUAUUGUGGUGAGAGGGGAAAGGAUAGAGAGAGAGAGAGAGAGAGAGAGAGGCGUGCUGCUACCCCAGGCUGUCUGAUUUACUUUCAGUUUUUUUGGGGAGGGAAGAAGAUCUGCUAAAAACUCUUCUCAAAGAUCAAGUGCUAUUCUGGUUCUUCAUCCCUUCUCCAAAGUUCAUUUGGUCAGACGAGAAGAGCGGCUAAGCCAUGAAGAGACCUCACGAUUACAGUUCUCCAGAUUCAGAUGCGGACGAGCUGAUCGAUGUUGGGCAGGAGGACAGUUACUGUUCUGUCACUGGGUCCAUGUCUCCCGGCAGUACUUCACAGAUCCUAGCCCGCAAAAAGAGAAGAGGAAUAAUAGAGAAACGGCGAAGAGACAGAAUCAACCAUAGUCUGUCAGAACUGAGGAGACUUGUCCCUAGCGCCUUCGAGAAACAGGGUUCAUCUAAACUUGAGAAGGCUGAAAUUCUUCAAAUGACAGUGGAUCAUCUCAAAUUGUUGCAUGCAGUGGGUUCAAAAGGUUAUUUCGAUGCUCGUGCACUGGCAGUAGACUACAGAACACUGGGAUUUCGUGAGUGUGUGGGCGAGGUGGUGAGGUACCUCAGCUCUCUGGAGGGUGCAGAUUCUUCAGAUCCUAUCGGUGCCCGCUUGGUGUCCCAUCUGAGUCAGUGUGCCAGUGAGCUUGACCCUCUGCAUCAGAGUCCAGCUGCCCUGCCCUUUCCUCCUUGGCCUUGGGGUUCCUUCCCUCAGCUUAGUGCCUCCUCUAGUCCAGCCUCCGCUUCCCACUUUCCUCCUACCAACCGUCGAGAUCUGUCCCCACAUGCAGCUUCGCCUCUCCUGGCGUACCCUUCCCCAACUCUGUGUUUGGCACCAGUGGGACACCAAGGGGUGCUACUGAGCCCUGCAUUAUCUCCAGUGCACAGGAUGUCCUCAGUUUCAUCACACCCUCAUAGACUGGCACAGGCAUCCACAGAGAACUCAGCUGUUCCAUCACCUCUGCACUCAGUCCCACCUCGUUCGCAUAACUCCUCCUCACCUUCCUCUAAUUCCACUUCAUCUUCCCCCUCCUCUUCAUCCUCUGGUCAUCCUCAGGUUUCCUUCAGACCCUUUGUUGCUCUGAGGUCUCCAGCCCCACUGAUCAGGGUCAGCAAGUCAGCACACACCUGGGGAACAGAGAUCGGGGCCUUCUAGUAGAUCAUCUACUUUAGUGGACUUUUUAAAAAAUAUGCAACUAAUACCAUGUUGGGACAAGAGAGCUAUGAUAUCACGAAUAAUGUCCGAGUUGGUUAUAACAAUUACAAAAUCUUCAAUUUCCAGUUAAUUUCUCCUACAGUAUGCUGUUAGUGAAAAGCAAAACUGAAAAGCAAAGACUUCAAGCAAAACUCAAAUGGUCGGAAUCAAACAAGGCAAAUAGUGAUACAACUACAGUACCUUAAAAAGCAAUUAUACUUGUUAUUAAAAUGAAAAAUUAAGCUUUAGCUCAGUGACAUUGUAUCAUAUUCUAGAUUAAAAGCAUGAAUGAUGAGAAUAGACAGGAGAAAAACAUGCCUUUCUCAGUAUAAACACAAACAAUAUACAGUACCAGUCAAAAGUUUGGAAACAAGUUUGGAUUAAUUUUCUACAUUCUAAAACAAUAGGAGUUGUUUUUUUUUUUUUUUCAAAACAAUGAAAUAACACAUAUGGCAUUAGGUAAUUAUGUAACAACAACAACAGUUUUGUUAUUUUAAGAAAUAAAAGUCAGCUGUUCUGGAAUAGUUCUUGCAAGAACAGUAUUGUCAAGUGCAUUUGCAAAACUCAUCAUGGACCAUGAUAUUGGGCAUUGGUGGCUCAGUGGUAGGUGUUUCCCUGGGUCCGAUUCCCAGCCAAUACCCAAACCUCAGCCCCUGGAUGCAUUGCCAGUUCCAAGCACGGAUAAAAUGGCAGGGUUUCGCCAAGAAGGGAGAAGCAUCCGACGUAAAUCCUGUGCCAAGUUUGUAUGUGCAGCUGAAAGACUAACAACAACAUUAAGCACCAUAAUAAAACUGGCACUCAUGAAAACAAGACCAAGACCUACCUCUGCUGCAGAGGAGAAGUUCAUUUAGAGUUACUAGCCUCAGAAAUCACCAAAAAACAGCACCUUAGAUUAGAGCCGUUAUGAAGGCUUUACAGAACAUGAGCAGCGGACACAUCUAAAUAUCAGUAGUCAAAGGACAUUUGAAGUAAAAAGUCAAAUCAAGCAACACCACAUAGUUAGAAGGAUUGUCCAAACUUUUGACUGGAUGUACAAAUUCCAUCAUGUCUACUGAUGUAUUUUUUUCUUUGUUUGCUCAUUUGUUUCCUCAGUCAUUUAAAUAUGUUUAUUCAAGUCUCUCAUCUUUGUCGUCCAUCUGACAUGAAAUUACUUGAGGAGAUUUCAUAAAGACAAAACUGCCUUUUAAAAUCAGUGUUACAUUAUUUUUUCCUGGGAAAAGUGUGUCAACCAACUCCAACCCAUUAGGUGUCAGCAAAGUAAUAGUUGUGUGUAAAUGAAGUCCAUAAUACUUUGUGUUUCCCCAAAUCCUCUCAGAUAGGAUGAUGGAAAUAGCGGAGGAAGGAAGUGAAAAGUGGUGGUGGUUAGCUGACUAUCUUUACCACCAACAGUCAUUUGGUCAAUUCUGCAUCUCAUGCCAUAUCCUCUGCUUACUGCUCAAGAGUUAGUACACUGUCAUUUUGGAUGAGUCUUUGCUGUGUCCCAAAAUUAUAGAUUUGUCCUCAUGCAUGCACAAAAAAUAAAAACUAUAUAAAGGUGCCCAAGACUUGAGCUCAAGUUACUAAUGACACAUUACUAUAUUUACUAAUAAUGACCACACAAAAAGCUCACUACAAGGAGUGUUUAAGUCAAACCGGGACUGUCAAAACCUGAUUGUGCAGAAUAACAGAUCACAGUUAAAAACUAGUAAAUACAACCUUUUUUGCUUGGAUACCAUUAAAGGUUAUAUCAAUUAAGGUUUUAAUUUCAAUGUAUCACUUUGAAGUUUAAAGGUAAAAAGUUUUCUGAAUAUGCACAGCCAUGAUUAGACUGUCUGCUUCAUAUCUGAAAGGCUGGUCUCUCAGGAACCCCUUUAAAGCCCAAACAUGUGGAAAUCCCAUGAAGCUGUAUUUCAGGACUCUAUGGGGAAUGUGGAAAUAACUGCCAACCGAGUUUCUGGUGUUUGUAAAUGAUGUGUAUAGUUUCCACAGACACUCUUUCACAACAUUAUUUAUCUAUUUUCAAGGAUCAGGUGUUCCACUCGCUGAAUGUUCAUUGAAACGAUUGCAGUGGGCUCUGAGCCAUUUCAGCCAAGAUCGUCAUCCAUGGACAUACGGCCUUCUUUAAAACAUUUGCAUUAUUUUAAUG